AUGCCUCAGUACACUUCCCGUGAUGUCGGCGACCCGACCCAGAUCAAGAAGAACAAGCAGAGCAUGGCGGACCUGAAGCUGCGCCGCCUGACCGAGCUCAACAACCGCCUCCGUGAAGACCUGGAACGCGAACGUAUCCCCGUCAGCCAGGCAAGCAAAAGCAUCAUCGCCUACUGCAACAGUACUCGAGAUUACAUGGUCGUCACCGUCUGGGGUGUGGUGCCAAAGGGCGAGGACCCUUACGCACCACAACAGAGCGGAGGCUGCUGUUUGGUCAUGUAA